AUUGGAAGUCGCGUUGGAAGAUUGAUUUUAUCUCUCUUCCCAUCUGAAGCUGCCCGCCUGCCUGCCUUCCUUCAAUUGAUUGAUUACUUCAUCUGGGCCUUCUUCCUUUCCUUUCCUUUCCUUUCCUUGAUUGCUUAAUCUCCAUGACGAUCGGUUCAGCUGGAUCCAGCGUUGUCGUUCCUCGAAACUUUAGAUUGCUUGAGGAACUUGAACGUGGGGAAAAGGGUAUUGGAGAUGGUUCAGUUAGUUAUGGAAUGGAUGAUGCUGAUGACAUUUACAUGCGUUCUUGGACUGGUACAGUACUUGGACCACAUAAUACUGUUCAUGAAGGACGAAUCUAUCAACUGAAGCUUUUCUGUGACAAGGAUUAUCCCGAGAAGCCUCCAAUUGUUCGUUUCCAUUCACGUGUGAAUAUGAACUGCGUGAAUCAUGAUACUGGGGUGGUUGAACCAAAGAAGUUUGGAUUAUUGGGAAACUGGCAACGCGAUUACUCCAUGGAAGACAUACUUACUCAGCUACGGAAAGAAAUGGUGUCCCCACACAACCGAAAGGCUGCCCAGCCCCCGGAGGGCACUUAUUACUAGUGACUCUUUCGGAAAAUGUUGUUGACUUGAAAUUAUCGGUAUGUAUCUCUAUCUCUCUUUUUUUUCUCCUUCUUUAGCCAUCAUUUUGCUCACACAAAAAUGAUGGCAUAUGUCUUAGACAACUGUUAAUUAACAACAUUGGGUUAAAAAAAAACACCUUGUGGAAGUGUAAUGUUCUUCUUCCUCUUCUUCACCCAAUGGAGAACUUACUGUAUGUAAAUCUCUAUUAAUAUUACUUUAAUUAUGAUUGUUGUGCUUUA